AUGGGCUUUCAACUUACUGGUACUAUCAACACUGCCGGAGGGGAAAUCAGACUGGCCCAACUGCAUACAACAAAGGUAAAUGGCUUCCAGAAUCCUGUCCCAUUCGCCGAUCCAAUUCGGGGUCAACUUGGAAGGCUAUUUGAUACCGUUGUUCCUCCGAUUGUGCAGAUGUGUGGUAAAACUGGCCCUAAUUGCGCUGCACUCUUUGUCACUGAUCCAUGUGAGAGUGUGUGGGCCACGAUACGGGAUUGGGAUCAUUCCUGGGCUCCUGAGCUAACAGUAGCGCUGGCUAGGACACCCAUAUCGAGGCUUAACCUGAACGUUGGGCACACCUGGUUGCACUCACGGCAAGCCAGGAUGGAUACCGGGUUUCUUCUCAGUACCUUGAUCUGUGGCCGCCCCCUGUGCGCUGUGGACGGACGAAGCGCCGAUAUACUUCCCGAUACCGUUCAACUGGAAUACGGCGACCUGAACUUGUCCGGCUUCUGGGUCACUGACAGCGAAAUGUUUGUUGCAAUCGGCUCGGCGGUCGCAGAGGCGUCUGCGGGGGCGCAUCUGUCAAGGCUCGGCAUAAAUUCAAGGUUUGGACGGUGGACCUGGUUGAUUUACGCACUCUGUUGUGGAUCCUCGCACGCGUCUGUAUCCUCGGCAGCCAUUUCGCAGGGUCCAACAAUGACGCAGUCUGCCAUUUUGGCCAUUUCCGCGGUGCUGCGAGCCAAUUUUCCUCAACCAAUACUGGAAUCGGAUGACAGCGGUUGCCACAAGUAUGGUUUCGUCGACAUUCAAGGGGGAAGUGAGCUGCAACUCUGUGACGUUCGUGAGUACGAAGAAAACGAAUUAAUUGUGUCACGGGCAUGCCACUGUCGAGCCCUUCACGACCCGCUUGACGGUGAGUGGGUUACAGUCAUCGUGCCUGGAUACGGAGUUUGCAAGGCGAAACUUGGCGAAGGUAUCCGAUUCACUCCGGAUUCAGAUAAUCCAGCCUUCCCAGUGAAACGAUUGUGCGGAUCUCUGGAGAUAAGCCGCGUCAGAUUCGAGACCGCUGCAGUGUUGAUGGAUCUGCUGACGUUGGUCACUAGUGGCCUUCGCAGAUUAACACUGUUUGCCCCCGAUGACGACGCCACAGCCGCGAUUCAAAUCGACCUUUGUGUAUUUUCAACCGCGUGUCCAGAACUCCGACAUCUUUCUGUCACGCACUUUGAUGUGGUAGUGUCGGCCCAUAACGUGUCCCUACGUCGCUGGCCCGUCAAGACGAUAUUCUUACAAUGGUGGCAAGAACGCAGGAGCACGUUGUCCGACGUGACGCGGUGCUUGAAGAAUACUGAACUACGAAUGACUCGCGAACUUACCAGCCUGGAAGUAAGACCCAGUUCACUGGUCGAUCCGGACGAAGUCAAGGAGUUAAAUAGCCGCGACGGCGAGUUCCUGCCUGUCGCGAAGGAGAAGCUCCCUGCCGAGUCGAAAGCUGCCUUGAUGAGUGUCGCCACAAGCGCAACCAGUGCCGCGUUGAAUCGCCUCAUGGACGCAAAUAUCCUGAGCCUCAUCUUUGUGUUUGCCUCAACUCCGGCGCAGCGCUCGGUCCAUUGUUGGACCGAUGAGGACUAUGAGUCGGACCCAGACGAUUGGUAA